AUGUCUCGACUAUCCGACUACCGUCUUCUAUGCUUUGAUGUAUAUGGCACCCUCAUCGACUGGGAAAGUGGCAUCCUGGCCGCUUUGCAGCCUAUACUGGCGCGCGCUCAUGCCCACUUCUCGCAUGAGGAGCUCCUCGCAGUCUUUCAUGAGCUCGAGCAUGAGCAGCAGCGCCUGACACCAGACAUGCCCUACUCACAGCUCCUCUCAACCAUCCAUCCCCGGCUGACCUCGCGUCUCGGUCUGGAUGUGCCAAGCGAGGAAGAAAGCAGACAGUUUGGCGAAUCGGUGGGCAGCUGGCCCGCCUUCCCAGAUACUGUGGACGCACUCAAACGCCUUUCCAAGCAUUACAGGCUCGUUGUCCUGUCGAACGUCGACCGGGCUUCUUUUGCGCAAUCCAAUGCGGGCAGUCUACAAGCCUUCCCCUUCGAUCUGAUCAUUACGGCACAGGAUAUCGGCUCCUACAAGCCAGACCGGCGCAACUUCGAACACAUGAUGCGGGCCGUGCAAACUGACUUUGGAGUUGAGCGAAGCCAGAUCCUGCAGACCGCGCAGAGCCAGUUUCAUGAUCAUCAGCCGGCACAGAAGGUGGGGAUCAAGAGCGUGUGGAUUAAGAGGCCGGGGCCCUCAUGGGGAAUCAGGACGAUCCCAUCUUUGAUUGGCGCUUCAACACUCUGGGGGAGAUGGCAAGUGCGCUAG